GUCAGGUCAGUGUGUGAGUUUGCGCGUGCGAUAGCUGGGUGCUGCUGCGUGGAAGAUGGCUGCGUCGAAGCCCGUAGAGCCUGAGUGCGGGACUGGGCUCCCCCGUUGGCAGCUUGCACUCCUGGUAGGGACUCCGCUCGUCCUCGGUGCCGGAGCUGUAUACCUGUGGAACCGAAAUCGCGGCAAAGAAAACCAAGGGAAAAAGAAUGGGGAGAGGAAAACUCCCGAAGGAAGCGCUAGCCCUGUUCAGGGCCAGCACGGUGCCACCAAUCCAGAGCUGGAGAACAUGAGUCCCCUUGACAAAGCACAGUCUGCUAAGAAUAAGGGCAACAAAUACUUCAAGGCCGGCAAAUACGAUCAAGCGAUCCAGUGCUACACAGACGCAAUCGGCCUGUGUCCCAAAGAACAGAAAGGAGACCUGUCCACCUUCUACCAGAAUAGAGCUGCAGCCUACGAGCAACAGCUGAAAUGGACAGAAGUGAUACAGGAUUGCUCUCAGGCAGUCGAACUGAAUCCUUGUUAUAUAAAAGCUCUUUUCAGGCGUGCCAAAGCACUGGAAAAACUGGGUAACAAGAAAGAGUGCCUAGAAGAUGUGACCGCAGUAUGUAUUCUGGAGGUUUUCCAGAACCAGCAGAGCAUGCUGCUGGCAGACAAGGUUCUGAAACAGCUGGGAAAAGAGAAGGCCAAAGAAAAAUACAAGAACCGGGAGCCCCUUAUGCCAUCUCCUCAGUUCAUCAAGUCCUACUUCAGCUCCUUUACUGAUGACAUCAUUUCACAGCCUCUACAGAAGGGGGAAAAGAAAGAUGAGGAUAAAGACAAAGAGGGUGAGGCCUCUGAGGUUACAGGAAGCUCAGGCUACCUAAAGGCUAAGCAGUAUAUGGAGGAGGAGAACUACGAUAAGAUCAUCAGUGAGUGCACAAAGGAGAUCGAGUCUGGAGGCAGGUACACAGCCGAAGCUCUUCUGCUGAGAGCCACCUUCUACCUACUGAUUGGCAACGCUACAGCUGCUCAGCCUGAUCUUGACCGUGUCAUCAACAUGGAUGAGGCCAGUGUCAAGUUACGUGCUAAUGCGCUCAUUAAACGUGGAAGCAUGUACAUGCAGCAGCAGCAGCCCCAGCUCUCCACGCAAGACUUUAACAUGGCUGCAGAGAUUGACCCCCGUAAUGCCGACGUCUACCACCACAGGGGACAGUUGAAGAUUCUGCUGGAUCAGGUAGAGGAGGCUGUGGGAGAUUUUGAUGAGUGUAUAAAGCUUCGACCAGACUCUGCACUUGCCCAGGCCCAGAAGUGUUUUGCAUUGUACCGACAGGCCUACACUGGAAACAACCCAUCCCAGGUUCAGAAAGCCAUGGAUGGUUUUGAGGAUGUCAUUAGGAGGUUUAAAAAGUGUGCUGAGGGCUAUGCUCUGUAUGCACAGGCACUAACAGACCAGCAACAGUUUGGUAAAGCAGAUGAAAUGUAUGACAAAUGUAUCGAACUAGAGCCUGAUAACGCCACAACAUAUGUCCACAAAGGUUUGUUGCAGCUUCAGUGGAAACAGGAUCUGGAAAUGGGCCUUGAACUCAUAAGCAAAGCCAUUGAAAUUGACAAUAAAUGUGACUUUGCUUAUGAAACUAUGGGAACCAUUGAAGUCCAAAGAGGCAAUCUGGACAAGGCUAUAGACAUGUUCAACAAGGCCAUCAACUUGGCCAAGUCAGAGAUGGAGAUGGCCCAUCUCUACUCCCUUUGUGAUGCUGCUUAUGCCCAGACGGAGGUGGCCAAGAAGUAUGGCCUCAAGCCUCCCACGCUAUAACUCUUGCCUCUUUUCACCACUCUCUACUGCCAGGCCACAGUACACAUCCCAUAACCCUUUUUUUUUUUUAAUCAUUAUAAAGAUGAUCAUUAUCAAUGAAAAGGAAGGCCGAACAGGUUCUGCUACCAUGUUUAUAACCAUUUUUUUUAUUUGAGUACUGGAAGGUGGCACCGAAAAUGGUGGAGGAGCAGCAAGAGGAAACAAGAUAAAACCGAAAGCAAGCAAGUGAAAAUGACUGAUGGCUGCUUUGUUUGAUAUCAAAUCAUCCUCCCUCUCUGAGUAUGGCUUAGGCUAUCUUGCAACUUGCAACAGUACUCAUUUGUUCAUGUUCAGCCUUCCCUGCCAAUUGGUAUGACAAAUGUGAAUCUUUUUGAUUAUAUAAUCUUAAUUUAAUGGUCAGCUAUGGACAAUGGGCUCUUUAAUCAGUACUAUUUUUUUUUCGUUCCAUCCAAGAUGCCAGAUUCAGUCAGUUUAUUCUAUUAUACCAGUGUAUACCAUCAGCAGGACUGGAUUAUGGAUUUGUGGUUUAAUGCUGUAAUGUGCACAAGUUUUGUCCUUUUACGGUCACAUCCUAGCAACCUUUCUUUGUUGUAUGGGAAGUGAAGGAUUAAAGUUUUAGUUGAUGUAUUUGUGUUAUAAAUCUGUUUUUGAUGUGUCACUGCUGUGAUGGCACUGUUCAUGAAAAGGGGAUUUAUAUUGAGGUUAAAUACGUAAUUUGGCCAUACAGUUAUUCUUUUUUUAUGGGUUUAUUUUUACCUCUUUUUUUUUUUUUUUACGUUCUGUGCAGCAUUUAAUAAUACAUGUGAAUACAAAUGAUAAAGUAAUAUCCUAUAGAAGAGAUUCAGAAAUGGAUAUAAAAAAAAAAAAAUCUAAAUCAAGACAAAUUGCAGAUUCUUUAAUGCCCAUCUCUUCAAACUGAGGCUAUACAGUUUCAAAUAUAUAUAUAAAAAAAUAUAAUGUCAUUUUUGUGCAAAAAAAUGAACCUAGAAAAAAAUAUGAAUCACCAAAAUUACAUUCCUCUCGUUUUAUCUUUCACACUACACGGAUCUGAUUUUAUUUUGUUUGGUUUCUCUGUGAAAUAAUGUCAUUGAGGUGUAUUUUUGAAGAAUGGCUCCCUUCUUUAUGAAUCUAAAAGCAAGAAAAUAAAAAAAACACCUUACAUUUAGCAACUAAGUUCUUAGUCCCUGGUAUUUUUUUAAUCUUACAUUCAUUUGUAAAAACUUGAGAUAUUGAGGUACUUUUAGUGGCAUGUCCUUAAAUACAUUAUUUAUAUUUGUGCCCAUGGAGGACAAUUCUAUAGAAUCCUAACUAGUUAUAUAUACAAAUUAAUUGUUUGGUAGAAGUUUAAAUCCCUGUUUCAGUUUCAUUCAAGAAUGGUGGUUUUCUUGAUCCUUUUUAAUAAAACCGUAAUAUAAUUUUUGACUAUUGCUGCCAUGUCUUCAUUAUCUACAUUCAUUCAUCCAUCUUUUUAAAGAAAGUUCAUUUUAUAUUAUUUACCUACUUUAAGUUUGUUAUAUGACUUUAACAUCAAAAACAACAAUGUGGCAUUACAGUCUUUUAAAUAUGGAUUGAGAUGAUGUGGCUCUAUUUUUAAACCAUUGUUGAUUGAAUGUGUAAUACGGUACAGGGCUUGGCAUUAACCUGACUAGACAUAAUAGUGUACAAAAAAUAGGAUGUGAUAAUUUCCCUAUGCAUGUAUACAUUUAUUAUUAAGCAUUGCAUAAUAUGUAAAUGCUUACAUAUGUUUGCUAAUUUCUUUUUCCAGCCUGAUCAAUUAGUAUUAAUGGAUUCACAGACCAAUUUCAAGGGAACGAAUCAUUCAAGACUGCUGCAUGUUUGAAGAUCAUGAAUGAUUGUUUAAAAUACUUUACAAUGCAAGCCAACUGGCUCCACCUAAAGGUUAAAAAUGAAUUUGUGGAGCUUGAUCUGUUGAUAGUAGCUGUGCAAAAUAAUAAAUACAUAAAUGGCUCAUGUAAAUAUAAAUAAAAACAAUGAGAGGGGAAAAUGUGAUGUUGGUUAGGUUUAUCUGUGUGUUAAUGUAUGAUAAUAUCAAAUAAAGAAAUGAGUAGCUCACAAUUCAAAAACCA